CUUCACAGCUGAAAACUUAAAAAACUUUCAUCCAAAGACCAAAGAUAUGGAAGCAACUCUACAGAAAGGAAGGAAGUACUCUUUCCCCAAUGACAUAACUAGUGCCGAUUUCGAACCUGGUUUUGUUUGGGGUACUGCCACUUCUGCAUAUCAGAUUGAAGGUGCUGUGCUUGAAGGUGGUAGACAACCAAGCGUCUGGGAUACUUUCUGCCUCACAAAAUCCGGUGCCAUCGACAACGAAGAUAAUGGAAACAAUGCUAUUAAUGCUUAUUAUAAAACAAAGGAAGAUGUGCAACUGAUGAAGAAACUGGGUCUAAAAGCCUAUAGAUUCUCAUUUUCAUGGAGUAGAAUAUUACCAGGUGGAAAAUUGAGACUGGGCAUCAACCAGGAAGGUGUCGACUACUACAAUAACCUAAUCGAUGAGCUUAAACGCAAUGAAAUUGAGCCAUUUGUCACUUUGUGGCAUUGGGAUACUCCCAAUGCCCUGGAAGAAGACUACUUGGGUUUUUUGGAUAAACAAAUCAUAGAUGAUUUCGCGGAUUAUGCGGAAUUUUGCUUCUGGGAAUUUGGUGAUCGGGUUAAGCAUUGGAUCACAUUGAAUGAGCCCCAUAGUUACGCUUCAUCUGGUUACGGUUAUGGUAUUCACGCACCUGGUCGAGGAGGUGUUGGGGAUGCUGCCACUGAGCCCUAUAUUGUAGCACACAACUUACUCCUGGCUCAUGCAACUGCUGCCGAUAUAUACAAGAAAGGAUUUCAGGAGAGCCAAGGUGGUGUGAUUGGAAUUACGUUGAACCAACAGUUUAACGAGCCAUUAAAUCAAAGGAAUCUGGUAGACCAGAUGGCAGCCGACAGAGCCAUGGACUUUAUUUUCGGAUGGUACAUGGAGCCAUUGUUUAGUGAUAGCAAUGUGCACCAAACUGAAGUUGGCCUUAAUGGGGAACUGAUCGGUCCUGAGGGAGGCGUUGAUUGGUUUUUUUCCUAUCCACUUGGAAUUUACAAAUCCCUGAUGCAACUAAAAGAUAAGUACGGAAACCCGUUGGUCUAUAUAACUGAAAAUGGCUAUGCUGAUGCAAUGGAUAACAAACUGAAAAUUGAAGAAGCUCGUAUUGAUAAUGAACGUAUUGUUUAUUACAAUACACAUCUUCAAAAUGUCCUAAGAGCAAUUGGGGAUGGCUGUAAUGUGAAGGGGUACUUCGCAUGGUCAAUGAUGGAUAAUUUUGAGUGGCACAAGGGAUACUCUGUUCGUUUUGGUCUAUUUUAUGUUGAUUAUACUCAUGGAAAAUACACAAGGUACCCAAAGCACUCUGCAAUAUGGUUUAAGAAGUUUCUUAAUCCACCUGCACAAGAAGAGAAGCUACGUGAAGGUGAUGGAAAUUAAGAAGUGUAUUGCUUGAACACAAAGAAGUGAGUCGCAAUCGGCACAGAAGAAAAUAAAUGCCCUAAGUGGUUUCUACUUUCAUGAAUAAUAAGUGCCCGUGAAUUAUGUCUGUUUUAUCGUUUUCGAUUCCUUUCAAGAAAUUAUGUUUCGUCGGUUGGAAAUGUCUAUUGCUCCUUUUUAUUUU